UAGACAAUAAUAUUUCUAUCUUAAAAAUUUAAUUUGUCAAUUAGUAUAUUAUAAACACCUACCCAUAACAUAAAUGAAAUAAAUACUCAAUACUGAAUACAACAGAAUUUACGAUCAAAUAUAGAUAAGGCGUAGAAAAAUGUGGCCGCUUAUAUUUCGCUUUUUAAGAACAAAUGCGCCUUAUAUAACGCUCCCGGUAGCGGCUGUAGUUGGUCUUAUAGGUUAUAACCUGGAAAGCCUAUUAUCUGAUAGAUAUACUCCAUAUUCAAAACCUGUUCAAGACCAAAGAAUGGAAAGAAUAAAUGAAGAAUUGUUAAAGGAUCCAACAAAUGUACAGAAAUUAAAAUAUAAAGAGAAUGUUUUUGACAAAAAUGUGCCACCAUCACUACAGAAGAGCUAG